GCGGACUUCCGGGGCUUCUCUGGGCUGGCUGCGAGCGGCCUGUGCGGCGGCGGCGGCGGCAUCAUGGCUGGCAUCAAAGCUCUGAUCAGCCUGUCCUUUGGAGGAGCAAUUGGGCUCAUGUUCCUGAUGCUUGGCUGUGCCCUUCCACAGUACAACACAUACUGGCCCCUGUUUGUUCUGUUCUUCUACAUCCUGUCUCCAAUUCCCUACUGCAUAGCAAGAAGAGUCGUUGAAGACACAGACGCCACAAGCAACGCCUGCAAGGAACUUGCCAUAUUUAUGACAACUGGCAUUGUCGUCUCAGCAUUUGGGCUUCCAAUUGUGUUUGCCAGAGCGGUCCUGAUCCAGUGGGGUGCCUGUGCACUCGUCCUCACAGGAAACACAGUCAUAUUUGGCACCAUCCUAGGGUUUUUCUUGGUCUUUGGCAGCAAUGACGACUUCAGCUGGCAACAGUGGUAAAAAAUGCUACAGAGAACUAUCAGGCAUCUUAUGUCAUUCAGUGGCCAUCCAUCUAAGAGAGAGAACGGGCAAUAAAGCAAGCGUGCUGUUUCCACCGAGGGACCCUGGGCGUGUGACGUUCUAUAAUCACUUUUCCUCUCACAUUCUGUUUUAACCGUUUCUUUGGUUUCAAAUGUUUUUAAUUGUUGAUGUUGUUUUAUUUUAAUGUGGGAGCCAGAAUAUUAAUGUGAUGUUGAAAUGUGUGUUUUGUUUUUUUAAAAAAUCACAAUGUGUUUAAAGAUACCUUGAUUUUUUUUCUAAAACCCUGGAUUAUAUUUAAGCUGUAAUGUGCAAUCGUAUAACCAAACUGACUAGUUGAGAGCAAAACCCCAGCAAAGGGAAGCAUUUUUGCCGUGCAGCCCUGAGGAUGUUUAUUUGCAGUCCCACUGAGUUCAGCAAGGGUUACUCUUAAGGAAAUAUUCACCAGACUGCACUUGAAGUCUCCCCCCGAGAUCAGUAGACUUCAGCAUGCGCUCAGCACUCCCUCAUGCCUUUUGAGCCCCAGAGGACGUAAAGUGUGUUGCUUUGGCUUGAAUUGUGCCACGAAUCCGCACUCGCCCGCAUGUCUGGAGGAUUCGGAUAGUGAUGUGUAAAGGGUAGCAGAGAAGGACUCGGGAAUUGCCUGUUCCUGCCUGGAACUCUGACCACGCCAUUAGCACGGGACGGGAUAGCUGUUGACGAUAAAGGGGUUUCUGCGUUUUAAUUGUUUGGGGAGUUUGUACUUGUUGUACAAAUAAUUUGUAAGCUUUUUAUUUACAGUUGCUCUCAACGGCAUGAGACACCUCCCAGUGUGGGGACCUGAUGUUUAAAAUCAUUUUUUUAAAUUGAAACCUUUCUAUUUAUAACUCUAUGCUUUUGGCAUUUAGUCAACUUCUGUGUUGCACCAAAGGGGAAAGGAAAGGCACAUCCAUGGAACGACUGACCCAGGGGGCAGAGUCCAGCAGGAACUCCCCCCCCCCCACAAUGAGCCCCCCCCCCAUGCGAAUGAAUUCGCCCGCCUUGUUGUUUUUCCAUGGGGCGUUUUGCAGGACUGCUUCCCAGUGGAUUGCCCCUCACUGUUUUUGCAGUAGAUCACAGGAGAAUUCCCACUUCCCUUUUUUAAUUUAUUUUAUACACCGUAUCAGAAGGCUUUUGAAAUGUCGAUUGGAACUUUUACUGUGGGUAACGCUUAUCAGAUCAGGUUUACUGCUGCACUGUCAAAGGUUGGCUGUUGGGUAAAUCUUUGACUGAAAGUUUUUUUUUAGCGAUUGUCAGUGUUUCCAUUUAUGCAUUAAUGUAGUAAAUGUUAGAUCAUAAUAGUAGUCCUGUUAGAGUAUAUCACUUGUAAUUUUUAAUAUUUGCUGCAUACCUCUUAAUUGUCUUUUCUGUGAACCCUAAAUGACCACUUUUCUUAGUCGCUGUUCUGUUCUGUUGCUGGCUCCUCUGUCAGAUGUUUAGAUGUCUGCCUGCCUGUUCCUUGUGUAUUCAUGCCAACUAGCCAGGUUGGAUCAAUAAAGCGAGUCCUCUAAAGGUGUUAAUCCUCCCCCCUUUUUAAAAUUGUCAGCUUGGGGCAUGAGCCACAGUGGAUCCUCUCCAAGGUACAGCUCAGUGGAACCUUCUUGCCUCCUCCGGCUAAGCCACAGGCAUGCAUGCGUCUCAGUGCACCAGUCAUGGGCCUGGAUCCUGUUCAGUGUGAGUUGGGCCGUGCAAGCAGAAAUAGACUUCCUGGCCUCUUCCCUCCUGCUGUUUCCCCCUUGAAAUUGUGCCCCCAGGAGUCAGUUGGACCAGCAUGGGUGGCAAAGGCAAAGAUCGGUAGAAGUGAAGGUGCUUCCCGCGUUCUCCCGGCGGAAGUGCCUGCCGCCAGUGGGAAGUCAUCGUUGGGAUCCAAGCCCUUAAUUGCGUAGUUUCCAUACAACCGUCUAGCCGCUCUUCGCCUUCCUGGGGCCCUAGGCAGGACCCGAGAGAGUUGAAGGGCAGCUGGGUGAGCCAUGUCUUGGCCUCUGGCUGCAAGUAGCACCUGGUGUGCUGCAAGGGGAAAUGGCCCGGAGAGAUGCAUGGUGGGGGGGGGGGCGUGCAUUGAGUCUGCAUACUGAUCUCCUCCCACUGGAACAGUUACAACUUGGGGUUGGAUCAUUCACAUGAUGCUGGCAGGCAUCAGAAAUGACAAUAUUUUUAUGACUCUCUGUUGGUACAUAAAUGUUUGCCACUGGGUUUCUGUGUUUUGUGUAAAAUAACGCUCUAUUAACGUUGAAUACAAAGCAAACUUGAAGUCAGAUGAUCAUGAUGGUGGCAUCUGUGUUCUAACUUGAGGAAUCAAGAGCUGAAGAUGACAUAUGCAGGUUGGCUUUGAAGAGACUGAUUCAGAACUGAGAGCUAAAAAGCAAUAUUGGGAGAGCCCGAUGAGAUUUAUUGCCCCCUCCUUCUUUAAACAGCAUGUGUCCACUCCACCCCCACCCCUCAAUGCUGUAUCUUCAAGUGCUUUUGAAAGUCCUCUUGGCUUACAUUGCAAAUCUCUCAUGUGGGCAGGAGAGAACCAGGCGGCUGGGGUUCAAGAAACAGGUCCAAAGCUCCCUUGGAGUCACGUAACUAGCUCCGUAGUUGUCUGGACGUUGGCCCAUGUUUUAAGUAUUUGGAUUUCUUUUUCAUUUUAGAGGAUUGGAAGCACAGAUUUUAAUGUAUGAUGCUGAGACUUGUACUUUCAAAUCCACAAUGUUCCUUUGGAAGUUCUAGGCAUCUGGGGUGGUCCAUUUUUUGACAUUGUACAGAUGGAUGUGAACUCACUUUGUGACCCUCCCAAUUCUGUUCUCCCAUGUACUGCUGUUACUUUACUUGACGGCUACUCUUCAGUUAAGUGCCCACUUUUGUAUUUAACAAUAUAAUGUGUUUUCUCUGUGUGAAUUGUGCGGGCAGCAUAGUUGUGACAGUUUGCUCAUUUUUAGACACAGUGCUGUCUAUGGUUUUCAGGUUAGACAUUUAAGAGGUGUAUCCCCCCACCAUGUAAUAUGCACUGAACAGCAUUGCCAUCCUUCUACCAAGAAAACUUUUGAUGAGAAAAACAAUAAAAUUUUAAAUACCACCUUG